AUGAACCGUUUUUGCCGUGAUUUUUCCGCCCUCAAGACUGAUGUCAAGCCGAAGUACAAAACGGUGCGCAGGGACGCGUACGCCGUCGACCGAGGGGCCGUAAAACUGCUCAGGAAAUGCUACGGCUUCACGACAACGCUGCGCCCGAGCCACGAGAUCGAGAGGAUGUCAAACCGCCUGUUGCUGAACUUGGCGGAGCCGUGGCGCGGCGACCUCGAGGCCCCGCUCAGCGACGAGGAAAAGAAGCAGCGCAUUCUCGGGCAGAACUUGGAGAAGUUCACGACGACCGAGGAGCACUGGCGGGACGUCACACAGGGGGAAGGUGACGUGAAGAACUUCCGGUACUUCGUCGACGCCGUCUCAACCGGAAAUGGGCCCACCAUCCUGGUGGCCCAUGAAGUGGACCACGUCCACUACGACGGCGCCCGGUCCGUCGACACCAAGACGUUCUGUGCGCCGGGCUUCAAUGUGAAGCGCCCGGCCGUGGAGCAGCUGAAAGCGGGACACAUCCUCCAAUGGGUGCUCCGCGCCGCGCCCCUGGACGUGACGCUAUGCGUCGGGUUCCACGCGGCCGGCCAGCUCAAGAAGGCCGCCUUCAUCCACCCCGACACCAUCAUGGACAACGACGAGAAGAUUCGCCGCAACUACAACGCGGCGCGCGCCAAAGCCGACGACUUCUUCCGGCAGCUGAAGGACCUCGUGCCGGGCGAGCCCUUCUUCAAGGUGACGCUCCGGAGUGGAUGCCAGACUGCCACCCCACUACACGUACCAAGAAAAAUGCCGACCGGAAAAGGGAGUGAUGCGCCGGCCUUGCCGCGUAGGCUUACUCCCGAGGCGAACCCGCAGCCAGAAGAUACGCCUAGGUCCACCAUCGAGACCAGCGCCAAACACCGAGACGCCUAUUCCGUUACAGCAGGAGAUGUGCAGUUAUUGGAUAAUAUCUCGUCAACGACGCUCCUAGACAUAGAGGAAUUGGAAAACUUACCUAAGCAGAAGCGGAACCUGUACGAUGGUUGGGAAAAUUGCGAGGCGACGGACGUGAUGGAAUGGCUGGGCGCCCUCCACCGUUUAAAAUACGUUUCAAAGAAACUCGAGGAACAGAGUCUCGAAGCUGUAUUUGGAGCUGCUAAAUUCUUCGCUGGGGCCGGCCAUAUUUGUGAGGUCCUGAGAAGCCUGCAGUACGUCGAGACAUUGGAUAAGUCUUUGGGCGGCGCGGCGUCCCGACGUCAAUACGCAACAGUUGUCAUCAUCGUUCGCGUUGGCGACCGCUUCUUGCUCAACCUGGCGGAUCUUGCGAGUUCAUCACCCCUGAGUGACAAAGCAAAGAAGGGGCUAACCCUCGGGAAAAACUUCGAGAUUGCAACUUCGAAAAAGAGCAAUGCAUCGCAAAAGAAGGAGGGCAAAAGGAAGCUGGAAUAUUGGGUGACUGAGGCAUGGGUCGGAGUAGAGGACCGGCUUCCGGUCACCGUGGUACACGAAGUUGAUCAUGUCGAUUACGAUGGGAAGACAUCGGUCAAUGCAAAAACCGUUGUAAAAGAAUCCGUUACGGCACUGAAUCAAGUCAAGAAUAAUAUCCGCUUUAGAUGGGCCCUACGUGCCUCACUGGUAGGUGGCAAAUGUUUGGUCGGACUCUGCUCCGAAACAGAGGACGAACAAGAUGAUACGAAAGGAUCGGCAUCAAGUCCGUCGAAUGAAGCGAUACGGAUCCCCCAAGCCCAAUUGCGCAAAGUGAUGUUUUGCACUCCAGCUGAGCUGCUGAAAACGUGCCGCGGCUGGUACAACGUUGCGCACACGAAUGGCGCGCACUUCUUCCGUAAAUUGGAAGAGAUUAUGGUCGGGCGUGAUUUCGUAAAGGUCACCAUCAAUGGCAACGAGUGGACAGCUGAAGAACUGGAGUGUCUGCGUGAGGUGGGGGAAGCCUUAACAAACGUUCCGAAGGCGCAAGUCGAGGAUGAACGACUGUUGGGCGAGAUACGCCCGAAGUGCUUAGGCUUAGCUCAGGUUAAGGGCAAUCAGGUCGACUUGCCAACGACGUGGUCGAUCCAUGCGUCCCCCACGGAGAUGGCCGAAGCCACACGAAUUCAGGCUGCCACGUCACAUGGAGAAACGUCACCUACGAAGCGGUCGAACCAGCAG